AUGGUAUUAUCUGCAGCAUCAGAAGCUGCUCUGACCGCCGCCUUUGGUGUCAUGAUUUUCACGGAUCUGAUUGGGAAUACUUUAGUAAUUCUUACUGUUAUAAAGACCCGUGCUAUGAGAACACCGAUGAACUAUCUGCUGGCGAACCUUGCCGUUGCUGACAUCACAGUAGCCUUGUUCAUUGCACCAAGGUACAUUUUUAGUCACGCCUACACCCACCCUGGUGGUCAGGUGGGGACGUACCUGUGUAAGUUCCUCACUGGAGAAGUCUUCACCUGGGUUGGCGCGCUUACGUCUGUGUACACUCUUGUGGCCAUCUCCUUCGAGAGAUACUACGCCGUAAUGCAACCACAGAGCAUCAAGGGACGAUUCACCUUGAGAAAGUUUCAAAUCACUGCCGCCUCGUGUUGGACGUUCGCAACGUUGUGGAACAUUCCUCUCUUCACUUUCUUCUCCUUCGACGAGAAAAACCAGCUUUGUAACUUCGUGUGGCCUUUUCCAGACUUCCCCAAGUACCACAGUACAAUCAAUGCUUUCGUUUAUGGAGCAAUACCCAUCGGGACCAUGGUGUGCCUAUACUCGAGAGUAACCUACAGGCUUUGGUUCAAGCAGAACGACCACACUUCAGCAGCUACUCAACAAGGAACAAUCAAAGCACGAAAACGCGUGACCAAGAUGGUUCUGAUCGUGUCAAUCAUCUUCUCUAUCAUGUGGAUGCCAAAUCUCGUAACUUAUCCUGUCUCUGCUUACAGCGAAGUGGCAUUAUACGAUGCUGUUCAUGUAAUGUCGAUUGUCUUCGUCACGUUAAACUCCAGCAUCAACCCUAUCGUCUACAGCCUGCAAUCCAACAUGUUCAGAAGAAAUAUCUGGCGAGUUGUAACGUGUGGUAAAAACAAUAGAGUGGAGAAUGAAACAACUGGGAACAACAGCACAGAUAGAACCAACGCUUCGGUUCAUGUACCUCAGAUGAGGAGUAAAGCUGGGAAUGAUAUGGCACUAGCUAGUGUAGAUUUGUAAAUAUAUCAUAGCAGAUAAUGUCCACAAAAUACCAUGUAGGAAAUAGUGAUUCCUUGCCUUGU